GCCUCCACACUCGAGCGUCAGAAUGUUCGCAACUUUGAACGCAGCGAGUCACCGGUAAAAUAACGGACAAUAUUCCAUGGUUUUCUAAAUUCAAAAUUAUAGAAUUAUUGUCUUAGUAUUUGAAAAUAAAGAGUUCUUCUUUUGUUUUUAAAAAAAAUAAUAAUAGUGAUGUGCGUGUGUGAUUUUUGUGUCUGUGAAGUUUAUUAAAACUUUUUCAUAAUAAUAAUAAUAAAAGUUGAUAAAAUUGAAUGUUACAAAAAAAAUAUUUGGAUUCAAAAUUGCGUAUGAAUAUUAAUUAAAGGCAGGUACUCGAAACGCUAUUUUGGUUGAAGUGCGGAAAGUUUGUUGGCUUUAGAUGAUUUAUGAAGCGGACGACAUCGUGGACGCGACAGUUCGGAAAAUUUUAAUGCUUCGGAACUGACGUGACUUUCGGAUCGAUAAUGUUCACCGCACAGCCAAACGCCUCUGUGCUAAUCUACAGCCCAGAUGACAACCAGACAGAAAGUGACUACACUCCUUAUGAAGAACGGCUGGAAACGUACCUGGUACCCAUCCUAUUUGCCAUCAUCUUCAUAGUGGGAGUCCUUGGCAAUGGGACCCUGGUUAUUGUGUAUGUCAGACACAGGGGGAUGAGAAAUGCCCCAAACACGUACAUAUUCUCGCUGGCAUUAGCAGAUCUCCUGGUGAUCCUCAUAUGCGUGCCAUUCGUAUCAAUUAUUUACACCCUGGAGUCCUGGCCGUGGGGAGAAGUGAUCUGCAGGAUAUCCGAAGCUGGAAAAGAUGUCAGCAUUGGCGUAUCAGUCUUCACACUGACAGCUUUAUCAGCUGAGCGCUACUGCGCCAUAGUAAAUCCUUUUAGAAGGUUACAGCUUCGGAAACUUCCUUUGGUUUGCGCAACAUUCAUAUGGGCAGCGGCACUUAUCUUUGCGGCGCCAGCGGCUCUGUUCUCAAACACAGUCACUCUCCGAUUAAGGCCUAACGUCACCAUAGUAUACUGCACGCCUUUCCCGCCUGGAUGGGACAGCUACCCAAAAUGGAUGACAUUAGCAAAGGCGUUAAUAUACUACGGGCUACCAUUGUUGGUGAUUGCUUUUUUUUACUCACUAAUGGCACAGCGCUUACUGGCCAGUACCAGGGAAAUGCCAGGCGCUUUACACGGAGGCCAAGGAGAAGCACAGGCGCAGGCUAGGAAAUCUGUUGCCUGUAUGGUGUUGGUAUUUGUUAUUGUAUUCUUCAUCUGCUUCUUACCGUACCACGCGCUGGAGAUGUGGUUCCAUCUCUCACCGACGGCGCAGACAGAUUACAACGAUUGGAUACACGCUUUGAGGAUAAUGGGCUUUUGUCUUAGCUUUCUCAACUCCUGCGUGAAUCCAGUGGCACUGUACUGCGUCAGUGGAGUCUUCAGGUCUCACUUCAACCGCUACCUCUGCUGCCGACGGGGGACCCUUCAUCCGACCUGCAGCUCCCGGUUGUCUAGGACUGCUGUCUGCGAAACCUCAUUCAGGAGCACACAUCGGCACCGCUGCAACAGGAACCCGACAGAGAGCGUUGUGAUAUCAAACUACGAUUAUGGAAGCUCUAAGAAGAAGAGCAACAUCAUAUCCAGGAACAGUGCUGAUGGUGUGACCAUUAUGACCAUCAGGGACACCAAUGACUUCCUAACUGGAGACCUCGAUGAGAAAUGCAUCACCAGAUAGGGAAUAUGGGACCUUCGGCGAUAUAAAAGACAAUGAAUGUUAUAAUUUUUAUUUUUUGAUGUUUACAUAUUAUACUAUGUGAUUAAUGUUAGCGCUUCAUUUGUUGUUUAAUAUGUGUCUGUGUUUUGGGGAGCAAUGAUAAAGAUGGCGGAUUUUCGUGUACACAACUGUAGACUGUAGACAACUCUGUUUUCUCUGUUCUAAAAAUUGGUUCAAUAAUGUUAAUAUUGUAUUUCAAAUUCAAUUUUAUUACUGGCAGCUAUUGUAUUUUGUUUUUUCCAAAAUUAAGUAAACCCAGUACAUUGCUCCUUUUUAAACUACUAAAUAGAUCUUUUGUAUACGACCAGAACAAUGAAAGUCUUCUUAGAAGUGCAGUCUACGUAUCUUCAUAAAUGUAAGACAAGUUAGAAUUUAAGAUUAUGUGUAAGGACAUAAGUAUAUGUUAUAAAAUGUUUUCAUGCGUUUAAUGUGAAUAAUGCUAUUUCUGUAUCUUUGUUUUGGACACUGCUUGUAUCAUAUGCAAGUCUUUAGCGUGCAGUAUAUCCAAAAUUUGAGUAACUUUUAAAGUUCGCUUCCAAAAACAGAAAUGUUUUAUUGUUUUUUAUAUAAGUAGAUAAGUCAUAGCACCAAUGUUUAUUUGCAAUUAAUUUAAUAUUAAUCCAUGACAUUAAUGCACUUGUAAAAUGUACCCAAUUAUUUUAUUUAUGAUAACGGAAUUUGCUUGAGAGAUUAUUUAAAACUGCAUUUUUGUAUUUUUCACUGUAUUAAUGCAGCGAAUAAUACAGCGCUUUACACACUUGAGUAUGGAGUGCACAUUUGAAGCUAAGUCUGGUUUAAACCUAGACUAGCUAAAUGUCCAUAAGUUUAUAUCUAACUGAGCUCUCGACUGCAUAAGCGGUAAAGCCUGUAGUUAAAUACAAUGGAUGAAAUAAAUAUCUUGGAAAAUCCACUUUAUGGCGUUUCAAUAUGGUUUAAAGUAAAUAGAAUGGGACCUAAGCCUUUGGAAGUGUUAAUCAAUGGCUGAUUGGGACAUUUUCUUCAAGUGACAAUCAAAAACAAAAGAAGGUUCGUAUUGAUUAUAAAUAUGUUUUAUUUUGAAAUAGUGAUUUUUUGAAGAUGUGAUCUGCGUUUAGUUUUACGCACACAGAAAACAUUUUUUUUAUUCUAAAUUAGAUUUUUGUUUUAAACACAGUUACGUAGGUUUUAAUACUGAUUUUUUUACAUUUGGUUGAGUCUAAUCAAGUUUAUGAAUUGCUCGAUUUUUUUUAAUUUCUUAAGCAAAUUCCAGUACGUAUAAUAUGUAAAAUCGUUA